AUGAAUGUCGAUGCUGGAACCAUGGCACCGACUGAACACGGCGAAUGCUUUGUCCUCGACGAUGGAGGAGAAGUUGACCUUGACCUUGGGAACUACGAACGUUACCUUAACGUCACCCUGACCAAAGAGAACAGUAUUACGACGGGAAAGAUGUACCAACAUGUCAUCGAACGUGAGAGACGAGGGGACUACCUUGGAAAGACCGUCCAAGUCGUUCCCCACUUGACCAAUGCCAUCCAAGAUUGGAUCGAAAGAGUAGCCAGGAUCUCGGUGGAUGACACCAAUGAAGAGCCGGACGUCUGCAUAAUUGAGCUCGGAGGCACUGUGGGUGACAUCGAAUCGGGGCCGUUCAUUGAAGCCAUGCGCCAACUUCGAAGAAGAGCCGGUCGCGAUAAUUUCUGUCAUAUCCAUGUCUCCCUGGUCCCGGUGGUGGGCGGCGAGCAAAAGACGAAACCUACGCAACAAGCCAUUCGAGAUGCGCGCUCAGCCGGCCUCGCGCCGGAUUUGAUUGCUUGCCGUUGCCAGGAACGCCUGAUUGAAGCAACCACACACAAAAUCGCCAUGUUUUGUCAGGUCGAGCCGUCCCAAGUCAUCGGCGUCCAUGACGUGGAGUCCACAUACCACGUCCCUCUCCUUCUCGAGCAACAGGGCAUCCUUUCCCAAGUUCAUGAUCUCUUCCGCCUCGAGGCUUAUCCCAUUUCACCAGCCUUGGUCAAAAAGGGUCAACAAACGUGGAACGACUGGAAAGCCCUGACCACCUCGCAAGAGCGCUUCCUUGAAUCUGAAAAGGUCACUAUCGCCUUAGUGGGCAAAUAUACGAAUCUCCAUGACUCUUACCUUUCUGUGAUCAAAUCUCUCGAGCACAGCGCCAUGGCCUGCCGCCGCAAGCUAAAUCUUGUCUGGGUUGAUGCGAGCAACCUCGAAAAGGCCACUAUGGAGUCGUCUCCCGAGUCCUUCCAUAAGGCAUGGCAUGAACUCUGCACGGCCGAUGGUGUCCUCGUUCCCGGCGGGUUUGGCCACCGCGGCACGGAAGGAAUGAUUGCUGCCGCCAACUGGGCACGUACGAAGCCAAAGCCCUACCUCGGAAUCUGCCUCGGCAUGCAAAUUGCGGUCAUCGAAUUCGCCCGCAACGUGUGUGGUAUGAAAGAAGCGUCGUCCGUUGAAUUGGACCCCCAAACCCCUGACCCCGUGGUCAUUUUUAUGCCUGAAAUCGACAAAACCACCAUGGGCGGCAACAUGCGGCUAGGAUUACGACCUACCAUUUUCCAAGAUGACACUGAAUGGUCGCGGCUCCGGAAGCUUUACAAUAACGCUCCCAGCGUCAACGAGCGCCAUCGUCACCGCUACGAAGUCAACCCAGGAUAUAUCUCACGCCUCUCUGACGCGGGGCUGCCAUUCAUCGGCAAAGACGACCUCGGCGAACGAAUGGAGAUCAUCGAGCUCGAGGAUCACCCAUUCUUCGUCGGUGUCCAAUUCCACCCCGAGUACCUCAGCCGCGUCCUCCGUCCGAGUCCGCCAUACCUAGGCUUCGUCGCCGCCAGUGCGGGUCUCUUGGAUCAAGCUACAGCUGCCACGGCUGCGAAGGCUGCUUUGAUGAAUGGGGAUAGCCACCACGCCGGCAAGGUUAACGGCGUGGUGACCAAUGGAGUGAGCAAAAUUUCGCUUUCGGCCUCGUCUUCGGGAUUUUGA